CCGUAAAAAGUCGAUCCGUAGAAAGUUGAAACAACAAAACUUGAACACGAUCCAGUAAAAUAUAAACACGAUCCGGCGAAAAAUUUUGCACAAUCACAUGGCCCUUCUAGGGCUCCGUACUAUUGCGAUUGGAUCCCGAUUGAACAGUCGCGUCGGCCUCUCCAGCUUUCUACACUUCGAUCCAUUCCUGACAUCACAUUUAUUAUCCUUAAUCAGCCCGUCAACAGGUCAAAUCGCAAACCCUGUGUCUGUAUUUAAUUAUAAUGCAUACAGUAUAUAGUUUAUGUAUACAGCUAUUUCAAGAAAGGUUGUCCGCGCGAAUGGCAAUUGCCAAACGGCAGUUCUACGACCGAAAGGUGCUAAUGGGUAGUAAUCGAUUAUCAAAAUAAAGGUGAUAAAUAACUUCAAGCGAUAUCAGAACCAUAUAUCAAUAAUAUUAAAUUUAUAAUUGUGUUUUAUAUAUAUUUUUCUGAAUUGGGAAGAAACAUUUUGGGAUCCAUGGGUUCUUUCGGUCGUAUGAAUGCCAUUCGACAAUCGCUGUUUGCACUAACGUUGAAAUAGGUGUAUAUAAAAUAUAUAUGUGAGCCCACUGGUUUCGGCACAGAUAGCCCAGGCAAUGUACCUGAAAACCGAUGAGACAUAACAGUGUUUGCAUCAGCAGAUGAGAGUCUCUCUCUUAAAGUGGGGAAGGGUGCUGUUAUGUUUUUCAAGAAAAAAACCCGUAAUAAAACUCUAGACAUUAAAAAACAAAAGAAGAAGUCAUGUUGUAAGUUUGUAUGUAAUUUAUUGAUAUUCACACUCAUCUGCUAUACAAACACUGGUAUUUCUUGUCGGUUUACAGAUACAUUGCCUGGGCUACCUGUGGUUUCGGCUGUUAUGAGUCGUGUCUCUGCCUUGAUUUAGAAGCGAUAUGUUAUCAUCUAUUUUCUUUUAUUUCUUUGAAGUAAAGUAUUUUCUCUUUCUUUCCCUUGCAUUUGUUACGUUUUGGCAAAGGUAAUAAUAUAAAAUGACGAAAUGAAAGAUAGCUUGGUUCCCGAUAACUCGAAGGCUGUUUAUUGUCACCCGGUAAACCCUCCCAGACGUGAUGCUUUUCUAAAAUGCCAAAGCCUUUUCAAAGUCCUUUCAUCGGCUCUUUAAUCGUGCCAUCGAUACCCCUCUGCCUACUUUCAGCUCGACGUCAAGCGGACGAAAAAGCGUCCUGAAAAACAUCUCGAAAUAAUGGAAAUUCCUCUGCUCUCAUGGGUGUUUAAAUGCCUAUAGCGAGAGCGCUAGAUCGUGGGAGAUAGAGGCCAGAUAAGACCUCUGGGUCAAUACGCUAUUUCUAAAUAGCCAGGUUUUUUGAGUGUUUACUCAGCGAAGAUCUCCGAAGUAGAGUUUUGCUUUUUCUUCACAGAUAAAUAGGGAAACCCGUAAUACAAGCCCAUUCCAUCACGAUGCUGAGGUCACUUCUUUGUUCUGGGGAUUCAUUUUUUAGAGAUCUUAUCAAUAUUUGUUUUGUGUGGAUUCCCUCUCAACACCAAAAAGUUAUUAGUACUGUUGAGAUUAUAGAAUAGCUUUGUUUCGAACCUUGGAAGCAGAAAAUCGUUGACCGAGUUGUCUCAAGACAAGAAAGAAUCUAAACAAAAGUCGCAAAUCUCAUCCGGCAUCUAGCGGUCUAAUCCACGAAAUCGAAGAGAUUUCUCUUUGGGAUGUCCUAGACAUGUGUCGGCAGUGAUAUUCAAUAACCUUGGGGCCACUCAGCGCUCUCGAGGCCUAUAGGGGGCGGACCACAUGCUUUAAUCACCGCAAUCUGACCAAUAGCCACCUUUGAAAUUAACCUAAGUAAAAACAAAGUUAAUUAGGAGAAAGGGUGCCGGAAGCUAGUACGGUAUAGGUGUUUGCGGGUCAAAUGGACGCAGGCUCGCGGGGCGCAAUUUGCUUGGCACGAGGCUCGCAGUCAGCUCGCAGACUUGAUCAGCAGUCGUAGCACUUCAGACUAUAGCGCAAUGAAAGGGCCAAGGCAUCGACUACCGCUUUACAUUGCUGCGGCGUUGGCUUUGUUAGGCAUCGUUUUAUUGAUUGUAGGGAUUGUACUGAUCGUGAGGUCGAAUGAAAAAGCGAGUGAGUGUAGGGGAUCGACUAGUGAGACCGAUGGAGGAAAUCCGACCGCCACGCCGACUCCCUCUCCAGUUAACCGAUGCGCGUCUUCGGCCGAGGCUAAACGAUCCGGCCUGGAUAAAUUCCUGAACAAAGUCAUAGACGCCUACUUUGAUACGCAUCCGAAUCAAAUUAUCUACAAGCUUGGUGUGACACAAGCGGACAUCAAGAGGAUCUACAGGCCGUAUGACCCGUCUCCUGCUAACAUAAAGAAAGUUACCGACCGCGCCAUGGAACUUUACUAUGAGAUUUCUAACGCGACUAUUUCCGAGGCGAGUCUGAAGCCGAGGGAGAAAAAGGCGUUGUAUCAAGUAAAGCAUUAUCUGAAACACAUCUUUGCCACCCCGUACGAUGGGAACUAUUACGCGGGCGACUUUCUAAUGGGACCUAAUCUCUUCUGUUGGCAGCCGAUGUGUAGCAUAAAUAGUGAGAUACGAACAACGUUCCUUAACUUCAAGCCGUCCACCAUUGCAGAUUUUGAGUUGUUGAGAGAGAAGCUAUCGCUACUGAAUGGAACAUUUCAUCAAUACAUCGCAAACAUGAGAUACGGCGUCCAAGCGGGCAUGGUGAGAAGUGUGGAAGAGUGUAAAGCUGGACUGGACUCCUGGAAGCGGGAGUUCCUAGAGAUUUCGCGCCGUGGGCCACGAGGAGUUUUCUUUGAAACUGGUCUUAAGGGACUUCUCAGCGACUCCUUUCUAUCCAAUUUGAUGAAUAACUCUCAAGAGACCGCCAAAUGGGAGGCAACUCAUAACAAAACAGUGAACGAGUCAAUGAGGCAAUUUCUGUUUGAGAGUAUUGGAGAGUCUGUCCAUGCUGUUAACAGGUAUCUAGAGACAGAGCAUGCCUUGCACUGCGUCCCCAGUACAGUGUCCAGCGGUCUCGCCACCCUUCCCCUUGAAUACAUCUAUGUGAACGGGACCUCCACGGGGAACAAGACGACGCAGGUCUUACCGACCGGCGAAAAGCUUGACGGAAAGAAAACCUAUGAACACAUUAUGCCUUAUUUCACUACUACCACAAAUACCCCGGAUGAGGUCCACAAACUUGGCUACACCAUGCUCGAAAAGCUAUAUCCAGAGGUCUUAGAAAUAGCGCGUGAUGUCACCGGCGAGUCAAAUAAUAACGCCACCGCAGUAGAAGCCUUCAUCAAGCGGCUGAACGAGUCCGAUAUGUUCUUCGACACCGUGCCAAUCCCCGCCAAUGAGAGUGACGCAAAUGCUAAAGAUGUGUGCUCGUACUCCCUCGAGAACGCCAAGACUUUCUGCCCUAACCGCUGGGCCGCCAUGCAGAGGUGGUUUGACGAGGCCAGACGGGUGAUGAGCAAGCUUGACCCUAAAACAGUGGGCAUGUUCCACUUUAACGGGUACAAACACACCACGCCCAACUGCCCGGUGGAGAUGCGACCCAACUUGAACCCGUCAAGCGGAGCGCAAAGCUACUCGAGGAGCAACUCGUACUGCUCCCGGCCCGCCUAUUACAACAUCCCCUUCUUCAUAGAAAGGCCUGGGCCCAAGUUUGAGGAGUGGAGUGUGAACGCGCAUGAAGCGAGGCCUGGGCACCACACACAGGUACAAGGUCUAGUUGAGCACUUCCGGGAUAACUGUGGCGACUCGGUCACGUGGCUUGACACGGCCACUAGUUACACGGCGUUCUCAGAGGGGUGGGGUUUGUACGCGGAGAACCCGCUGGUAGCACGUGACACGGAUACAUAUGAUGGCGAGCCUUUCCAAAAAUAUGGCAUGCUCAAAUGGCAGAUCUGGCGAGCCCUUCGCCUUAUCGUCGACACUGGUCUCCACUACCAAGGGUUUAAUCGCAGCUUAGCGCUGGACUACUUCGCCAAGUACGCGUGGGACACAAGUGACGGCGCCGAGAAAGAGGUGACGCGAUACCAGAGCGACCCUGGGCAAGCCACGGCGUACAUGAUUGGCCAGCUACACAUCAUCAAGCUACGCAAAUACGCAGAGGACAAGCUCGGCAAAACGUUCAACUUGAAGGACUUCCACUUUUAUCUCCUGUCACAAGGAUCUGCGCCACUGAGCUACCUUGAGAGUAGCAUCCAUGAGUACGUACGAUGCGUCCUUAGUAGCGGCAAGGGGGAGGGGUGUUCUGAUGUGUUGAGCCCUAUACCAUCCCCUGAAGCAAGGGCAGGGGCGACUGAUAGACGACGAGUUGAGGAUGGUGAAGACUUCCCUCCAGAAUUCCCCUUGCCUGAUGAGUACUUCUAGUGGUGAACCACACGGCAGAACUCAUAUCCCUUGUGUGAUAAUCUAACUUGAUUAUGCCAUUCCAGCCAUAAGCCAUCGCGCGCACUCGAAAUCGAAACAUACCUCAAUUACCUUCAUGCAGCACGCGCUUCGUUUGGUACAAGCUAAAACGGUGCACGCUGUUUACCUUCAUGCAGCACGCGCUUCGUUUGGUACAAGCUAAAACGGUGCACGCUGUAUUUUGGUUUCUGUUGUAAUACGCGCAAGGUUAUAGCUGGAAUGGCCUAUUCUUUCAGCAAAUCCAUAAACAUGAUUAUUAUCAGAAUUAUUCAUUAUUGUUACUGUUUAUUUGUUUCUUAUACAAUCAAAGAACCCAAUGUUCAUAGAUUUGUUUUUGUUUUUCAGUCUUUAUAAGGACAUUAUUAACAGCCAGUCAUUUAUACAUUUAUAGACGUACAUAAGCAAUUAAAUGUUUGCUUGCUA